CUGGGUCGGGAGGGGCGGUGGCUGCCGGCGCGUUCGGCAGAGUCCGGAAAGGGUCGGGCGGGUUCGGAAGAGGGCUUUUUGAAGGUGCCCGGGCGUGAGGAGGCGCGUCAGAAAGGGGGCCGCCGCCGCCUGUCCUUGAGGGGGGGAGCCGUGGCCGGGCCCCCGGACGACGCGAUGCUGACCGACAGCCUGGUGGAGGAGUUCGAGAUACGAGAGGAUGAGCCUUGGUACGACCAGCAGGACUUGCAGCAAGAUCUCUAUCUUGCUGCUGAACUUGGGAAGACUCUGCUGGAUCGGAACACAGAGUUGGAGACAUCACUGCAGCAGAUGUAUGCAACCAACCAAGAGCAGCUACAAGAGAUAGAGUAUCUUACAAAACAGGUGGAACUCCUGCGUCAGAUGAAUGACCAGCAUGCCAAAGUCUACGAACAGCUCGAUAUCACUGUUAGAGAUCUAGAAGACGCUAAUCAAAAACUAAUUGUGGAUAGUAGAUCUUCACAGCAGAAGAUCUUAAGCCUUACUGAGACCAUCGAAAGUCUUCAAACGCACAUCGAUGACCUCCAGACACAAGUGGAGGAGCUGAAGAACUCUGGGCAGGGCCGUGUGAACCGUGAACGAUCUGAGCAGCCGAGAUCGGUUCAUAGUUUUCCAUGCCUAAAAGAACUGUAUGACCUUCGCAAGUAUUUUGUUUAUGAUCAUAUUUUUGCAGAAAAAAUUACAUCUAUAGAUACACAGCUGAGUCCUGUGGAGGAAGAGAAUCAGAACUUGAAGAAGGCAGUGACUCUCUUACAAGCCCAACUCGAGAUGGAAAAAGAGAAGCGGGUGACUAUGGAGGAGGAGUACAGCCUCGUGCUGAAGGAGAACUGUGACCUUGAGCAGAGACUGGUGGACGUUGACCUGUACCGCAGCCGAGCCGAAGAGCUGGAGAGCGAAGUGGCUGAAAUGAGGCAGAUAUUUCAGUGUGAGAAGCCAUUUGUCAGCGGGGUGGAAAAGCUCGUUCCGGAGUCUUUCUUUAUCUCCUUGAAAGACUCUCUAGAGAAGGAGCGGAGUCGGAGCCCUUCGAAUGGUGUGUCUUUGACUGUUCCAGAGCUUGAAAAAAGGGCUCUGAAAAGAAGCAGCAGCGAGACCUUUUUGGGCAGCACUGUGGGUGGAGACCUUCUGAAGGGCCACGAGGAGACGUGUAUCCGGAGGGCCGAAGCCGUAAAGCAAAGGGGCAUCUCUCUGCUGAAUGAGGUUGAUGCGCAGUACAAUGCUCUGAAGGUCAAGUACGAGGAACUCCUGAAGAAGUGUCUCUUGGACGAGGAGUCGGUGAAACACAAGGCCGUGCAGACCUCAAAGCAGUGCUCCAAAGAGUCAAACGUGGGCAAUGGGGCCUUGGACAUGCGUCUUAGAGAACUGGAAGGCACAAGUGCCGAUCUGGCCAGCCUAACCACUAAUACGCCGCCCGAGUACAAACUUCUCUUCAAGGAAAUCUUCAGUUGCAUCAAGAAAACCAAGCGAGAAAUAGACGAGCACAGAGCCAAGUAUUGCGCUCUCUCAUCUCAGCCAUAGUAUCCUCGGUGUCACCCUAGUUAUAUAAAUCUGUGUCACCUUAAAAAGAGUGUUGAUGCAGCUCUCGUUGUUGAUAUGAAGCAUGGUGUUGAAUGUCUGUAUUCUAGAGUUUUGUUCUCUUGUAGAAUGGGUUGGGUCUCCUUAGGUAUUUGCAUUUUGUGAAGAAAGCAUUUGCAGAAAAACUGACUUGCUCAGAGGGAGUUACUACAGACGGUAAACUGGCAAAUAAAUGCUACACUAUUUGGUUGACCUCUCUAUUGCAGGGAAUUGACUCCUGUCUGAAAACAUGAAAACUCAGAAGUAGCUGUGUUCUGCUGCUCCUGGGCUAGAUUAUUCCUUCAGGUCAUUCGUGUGGCCAAAAUCUAAAAAGUAGAAAUCGCUGUAGCCACUGAACACUGUAACUGUAAAAUUAAGUUAUGACAUCUCCCAAAAGAUACCAUAUUUGACGUCGUUAAGAGGUUGUGAUUGUAACUAGGAUUUUUUCAAACCAGCUGUCCAUUAUAACGUGCCAGUAAGUCCAAAUGCAUCUGUUACUGACUGGGUUUUCAAUGUAUUGUUCCUGAAAAGCCAGUUUGGCCUAUAAGGGAGAUGAUUUUUAGAAACUGCUGGAGGAGGCCGGCCCCUUGGAAUGUGUUUUCAGUCUUGUAAGUGUUGAAAGGAUCCAUUUAAGGGAGGAGUGACUACUAAAUCGUUUCCACAAGUAAGCAAAUUUUCAGAGUCCGCUCUGGAUUUCCGAAGUUGUUGAGUCCUUUUGGAAGAAGGCUAAGCACAAAAGGCUUCCAGCGCUGUGUGCAAUGUGGCAUCUGUUUUUUCUCUGCAUGCCUGAACUGUGUCCAGCAGUGAGUUUCAGUGCUUGGAUUCGCUUUAGUACAAAACAUUAAAGUUGCCACACAGUGAACUUAAACCCAGAUAGUGACUUCUCCUGGUGCUUUAGCACAACCUGGGGGAGCCUGACAGCAGUCACCACCACAUGUGGCUUAAGCCAGUAACCGUCCAUUACCUAGAGUUUCCCUUUGGUGUCACAAGUGUCCUGUCUGUAAAAGGGCCCACAGCGUGCAUAACUUUGGUAGGUGUACAGUGUUUAGGAUACUGUGUCAGGAGGGCAAAGACGGAACACUGCAGAUGCCUCUACUGCUUGCGUGAGCCAAGGGCAUGGCCUGUAACUACUGGAGUCUGAGGAAAGGUUGCCUAUAUUUGAGCACAGGAAGAGACCAUGAUAGUAAAGGGAAGCAGCAGGUUCGUUGUCCUCCACUCUGUUCCUUGGCUGCACAAGUCUGGGGGUACAGACUGAAAAGGGUAAAGCAAGAUUGGCUCUUUUGUUGUAACAGAAGUUUAAAUUCCUGGGCACAGGGCAACAUGAGUAGGUACUGAGAGUUUCUUAAAGUAGAAGAGUAAAAAUGAUGCUAAGAAAUGGGAAAGCAAACAGCAGCACUAGAAAAAGUAACUGCCCCCCCCGCAAGCCUAAACUGUAUUGCAGCUUUAAUUUAGUUGCUCUUAACACACUUCUCUGCCUUAUGUACAGUAUAUAAUGGGGACUAAGCAUUCUGACCAGUUUUCAGUAUAUGGAAACACAUUCCACAAAAGUGCAUAUUUAAACUUAUUUAAAGAGUUGUAAGCUAUUGUGAAUAUUUGGUGUAAAGUUAAUAAAAGGUCUUUGGCAACUACAUGAGGUCUGCUGCUUUCAAGUCUCUCUGCACAGCAAGCAUUAAAGGCAGCAAGGGCUGCCCCACAAAAGGCAAGGUCUGAUUGCAUUACCUGGACCCACAAGGUUUAGGAGAUGGAACUGAACAGAGGCCAAAAGCGGAUUUAGCUUUUGUGCCUGUAAACAAUAUGUACAGAAACUGUGGUCCACACUCUGCAACAGGGCACAUAAAAAUUACAAGCCACAAAUUAAAAUCCAUUUCAGACUGAUGAAAUUGAGACAGGCAAACCCUUUUAGAAAGAUAACGGGUCAAAAGCAGAUUCUUCCAUCCAUGAUGUUCAGGUCUGAUCUUAAAAGCAUUGUCUGAAGGAAGCAUGUGAUUCGGCUAACUUUGACCCGGGUACGCCUGUGUCCUCUUACACCUUGGCUUUUAUUGUCUGUUAGCUUAUGCAACACCUUAAAUGUAUUACAAACACUGUAAAGAGAGACUAUAAAUUGUUUCCUGUUGCUCUUCAGUAUGUAUUUGGGACAAUUUGGGGUGUUUUCCGUGUUUCAUUGAGAGGACAAAGAAUGGAUGCCAUGGACUGAACUCAGCUUCCCAGAAAAUGUGCCAGUUGGGUGAUACGUCUUUGCAAUCAAUUUAGGCUAACUGCUUAUCUGCUUGCCUUACAACGCAGGCAUAAUCAGACUGUACACUGUGGCCAGAAGAACUUGCUUCCUGCCUUUUUAUCUUUCUAAUUCUUAAGUUUUAUUAGCCUGAACAGUUGUGACCUCGCAAGCUUGUGUAACAUUCCGUGUCUUUUCGA